CUCCAAACCGUAUACACGUAUUACCUCCAUUCCAGUUAUUAUUUUUAUUUAUUUAUCGUUUUCGUACAUUUCUGUAAAUAUAUUUUAUAUAAAUAUCAUAUACCAACGCUCCGCUGUCGCAGUUUAAUACCUGUUGUACACCGCGACGACCAUAGUACAACUCCACUCGUCGCUGUUUGCUCCGUCACGAACGACGACCCAUAUCACAACUACCUGUUGUACCUAUAAACAUUAUAAUAUAAUAUUUAUUAUAUUUUCCGACGUCCCGAUUCCGGUUGGUUUCGUUACAUAUUUUUCCCGCCAACGUUUUAACUGCAAGUGUCGCGCCGAACGCCAAAACAAAAAAAAUCAAAUAUAUACAAAAUGGUUUCUGUACAAGGGGUAUUGAUCGUCCUGUGCGUCGUCCUGUGCCACAUUAUGAUUGCAUCAGCUCAAUUCGACUUUGGCGAUUUCCUGUCCAACGUCGAACAGUCCGGCAAUCGAGACCCUAGAGAAAACCGAGGUCCAGUUUUGUUCCCAGCAACACAACCCGGUUCCGAGACCAGCGGCGUAAUAGUGGGAGCUUCCGGAUUCGGAUUUGUACCACCUGGUGGCAACAAACAACGACCACAAGGCCAGAAUAUUUUCAGUUUCUGGUAAUGAUGAUGAGAUCCAAUAACAAAACACACUGCAAGUAGAUUGAAUUUCCUACGCGUUUCACCCGGCAACGGAUAGCAAAUAUAUACUUGUCAAUGCGAGAUCUCUACAAAUUAAGAAUAAUAAUAUUAUACGCACAUUACGUUAUAUCUGUACAAAUCGAUGUAAACCGACUAUAUUAUAUUAUAUAUAUAUAUACACGUUUCGAAUAUUACAUCGAAAAAUUCAUAAAUAAUACAUAUAGAUAUUCGCGUGUAUACACGCGUAGCAGUAAUAUCGUGCGCACGAUUUUAUACAUAUAAUAUGCACGCCUUGUAAACGUAUUAUCUGAAUUUGUACAGGUAUACUCUAGAGUUUUCUUAAUUUAUUUUAUCAAAUAUUGUACAUAAUUUUAAAGUCUCUUAUGCCUAAUAAUUUAUUUUAUAGCGAA